AGAGAUGUGAUAUGUGGAGAGGUCUGGUUGAAGGACUAUUGCUUGUGGUUUAGCUCUGUGUAAGUUUUGGUUGACAGCUCUCAGUUUCUCCUUUCCAAGAGGCCCUGCAGAUCCUGGAAGCCCCAGUUCAGAAACUUAAAGUCUCAAUUUCUAGGUUGAGAAACUGAGAACACUUCCUUUUCUGGUAAUAAGAUGGGUGCAGUACCCUAAGUAAGCUUCCUUCUGAAAGCAAUUCUGGAUAAAAGAAAAAAAAAAAAACCAACUUUUUAAAUGCACUGAGGAGCUGGCAAGACAGUGAGAAAUAUUCAAGCUAAACACCGCAAGAAUCCAGAGAGGUGGGAGCAAACUCUAGAAGCGUGGUGAAGACACUGUGGUGACCUUGAGCACACCCUGACAGCUUGGUGAACACCAUGGAGACAUAGCAGGAAUCCCACCGUCGGUGAAAACACAGGACUUCUGUGGGUGUGAGCACAUCAUGGAAACACUAGAGACACCGUGUGUGAGCUCAAGGCUGUGACCAUGGUGAACACACCAUAGGGACAGUGAGCCACACCCAGGGCAUAUGGCAGUUCUUGGGUCAGGGAUCAAACCUGAGUUGCAGAUGUGACCUACGCUAUAGCUGCAGCAACACCAGAUCCUUAACCCUCUGUGCUGCAGCAGAGACUUCUUAAAGUGGUCUCUUGAUAUCAAGAUUCAUCUACUGCUAUCAAGGCUGAGCCACCAGCUGUGCUAUAUAAGGCCCAGCGGCUGGACCUGCUGCAGAGAGGAAGACUUGGACCCCCAGCUGAGGAGGCCUGCUCAGGACACGGUCAUUGAUCUGAGAAAAGUCUCAGGGGACCAAGUUCCAGGGAUAAUCCAUCUUUGUGAAGGAACCCUCAUUCAUCUCCUGCCAUGUUCUCCACGGGACCUGAGGGAAAGAUGGUGGGGACCAAGGCCUGGGUGUUCUUCUUCCUGGUCCUGGAGGUCACAUCUGUGUUGGGGAGGCAGAUGAUGCUCACCCAGUCUGUGAGAAGAGUUCAGCCUGGGAAGAGGACCUUCAGCAUCUUUGCCACGCCUGCUGACCCCCUGGACAGUCCUGGGGAGUGGACAACAUGGUUCAACAUCGACCAUCCAGGUGGGCAGGGUGACUAUGAGCGGCUGGAUGCCAUUCGCUUCUACUACGGGGACCGGGUGUGUGCUCGGCCCCUGCGGCUGCAGGCUCGGACCACCAGCUGGAUACCUGCAGGCAGCAAUGGCCAAGUGGUCCAUGGCAGCCCCCUUGAGGGCUUCUGGUGCCUCAACAGGGAGCAGCGGCCUGGCCAGAACUGCUCCAAUUACACCGUGCGCUUCCUCUGCCCUCCAGGAUCCCUGCGCAGAGAUACGGAGCGCAGCCUCUGGAGCCCAUGGUCUCCCUGGAGCAAGUGUUCUGCUGCUUGUGGUCACACUGGGGUCCAGACCCGAACACGCACCUGCUUGGCGGAGACAGUGUCGUUGUGCAAUGAGGCCACUGAAGAGGGUCGGCUCUGCAUGGAGCAGGCCUGUUCAGCCUGUGACCUGACCUGCCCCAUGGGCCAGGUGAAUGCUGACUGCGACGCCUGCAUGUGCCAGGACUUCGUGCUGCAUGGGGCUGUCUCCCUCCCUGGGGGUGCCCCAGCCUCAGGGGCUACUGUCUACUUGCUGACCAAGACACCUAAGCUACUGACCCAGACAGACCGCAGCGGGAGGUUCCGAGUCCCUGGCUUGUGCCCUGAUGGCAAAAGCAUCCUGAAGAUCACAAAGAGCAAGUUUGUCCCCAUCAAGCUCACAAUGCCUAAGACUAGACUGAAGACAGCCACCAUCAAGGCGGAGUUUGUGAGGGCAGAGAUUCCAUACAUUGUGAUGAACCCCGAGACAAAAGCACGGAGAGCUGGGCAGAGCGUGUCCCUGUGCUGUAAGGCCACAGGGAAACCCAAACCAGAGAAGUAUUUCUGGUACCACAACAACACACUGUUGGAACCCUCCCUCUACAAGCACGAGAGCAAGCUGGUGCUGAGGAACCUGCAGCAGGACCAGGCUGGGGAGUACUUCUGUAAAGCCCAGAGUGACGCCGGGGCUGUGAAGUCCCUUGUGGCCCGGCUCACUGUCAUAGCCCCUGAUGAGGCUCCUUGCAACCCAACGCCUGAGAGCUACCUUAUCCGGCUGCCGCAUGACUGCUUCCAGAAUGCCACCAACUCCUUCUACUAUGAUGUGGGCCGGUGCCCUGUCAAGACCUGUGCAGGGCAGCAGGAUAAUGGCAUCAGGUGCCGGGAUGCCGUGGAAAACUGCUGUGGGAUCUCCAAAACAGAGGAGAGGGAGAUCCAGUGCAGUGGCUACACGCUGCCCACGAAGGUGGCCACGGAGUGCAGCUGCCAGCGGUGUACAGAUACCCGGAGUAUCGUGCGGGGCCGUGUCAGCGCCGCUGACAAUGGGGAACCCAUGCGCUUUGGCCACGUGUAUCUGGGGAACAAUCGUGUGAGCAUGACUGGCUACAAAGGCACGUUCACCCUCCACGUGCCCCAGGACACGGAGAGGCUGGUGCUUACAUUUGUGGACAGGCUGCAGAAGUUUGUCAACACCACCAAAGUGCUGCCCUUUAACAAGAAGGGAAGUGCAGUGUUCCAUGAGAUCAAGAUGCUUCGGCGGAAAGAACCCAUCAUCUUGGAGGCCAUGGAGACCAACAUUAUCCCCUUGGGGGAUAUGGAUGGUGAAGACCCCAUGGGGGAGCUGGAGAUCCCGUCCAAGAGUUUCUACAGGCAGAAUGGGGAGCCCUACACAGGAAAAGUAAAGGCCAGUGUGACCUUCCUCGAUCCCCGGAAUAUUUCCACAGCCACUGCGGCCCAGAGUGACCUGAAUUUCAUCAAUGAUGAGGGAGACACCUUCCCCCUUCGGACAUAUGGCAUGUUCUCUGUGGAUUUCACAGAUGAGGCUGCCUCAGAGUCCCUCAAUGUUGGCAAGGUGAAGGUCCACCUCGACUCGACCCAGGUCAAGAUGCCAGAGCACGUGCCCAUGAUGAAACUCUGGUCACUCAACCCAGACACAGGGCUGUGGGAGGAGGAAGGCGACUUCCGAUUUGAGAGCCAAAGGCGGAAGAGAAGAGAGGACAGGACUUUCCUGGUGGGCAACAUGGAGAUCCGAGAGAGGAGGCUCUUUAACCUAGAUGUCCCUGAAAGCAGGAGGUGCUUCAUCAAGGUGAGGGCCUAUCGGAGCGAGAGGUUCUUGCCCAGUGAGCAGAUCCAGGGGGUCGUGGUCUCUGUGAUCAACCUGGAGCCCAGGGCUGGCUUUUCCUCCAACCCCAGGGCCUGGGGCCGCUUUGACAGUGUCCUCACCGGCCCCAAUGGGGCCUGUCUGCCUGCCUUCUGUGAUGACCAGUCCCCGGAUGCUUACUCCGCCUACGUUCUGGCCAGCCUGGCUGGGGAAGAACUGGAAGCCGUGGAGUCUUCUCCUAAAUUCAACCCAAAUGCAAUUGGCGUCCCUCAGCCCUACCUCAACAAGCUCAAGUACCGUCGGACAGACCAUGAGGACCCACGGGUCAAGAAGACGGCUUUCCAGAUCAGCAUGGCCAAGCCAAGGCCCAACUCAGCUGAAGAGAGCAAUGGGCCCAUCUAUGCCUUUGAGAACCUCCAGGCCUGUGAGGAGGCACCACCCAGUGCAGCCCACUUCCGGUUCUACCAGAUCGAGGGGGAUCGGUAUGACUACAACACGGUCCCUUUCAACGAGGAUGACCCCAUGAGCUGGACUGAAGACUACCUGGCAUGGUGGCCCAAGCCAAUGGAGUUCAGGGCAUGCUACAUCAAGGUGAAGAUCGUGGGGCCACUGGAGGUGAAUGUGCGAUCCCGCAACAUGGGGGGCACCCACCGGCAGACAGUGGGGAAACUGUAUGGAAUCCGGGAUGUGAAGAGCACACGGGACAGGGAUCAGCCCAAUGUCUCAUCUGCCUGUUUGGAGUUCAAGUGCAGUGGGAUGCUGUAUGACCAGGACCGUGUGGACCGUACACUGGUAAAGGUCAUUCCCCAGGGCAGCUGCCAUCGAGCCAGCGUAAACUCCAUGCUGCACGAGUACCUGGUCAACCACCUACCACUAGCUGUCAAUAACGACACCAGUGAGUACACCAUGCUGGCACCCCUGGACCCCCUGGGCCAUAACUAUGGCAUCUACACUGUAACUGACCAGGACCCUCGCACAGCCAAGGAGAUUGCACUGGGCCGAUGCUUUGAUGGCAGCUCGGAUGGCUCCUCCAGAGUCAUGAAGAGCAAUGUGGGAGUGGCCCUCACCUUUAACUGCGUAGAGAGGCAGGUGGGCCGUCAGAGUGCCUUCCAGUACCUCCAAAGCACCUCGGCCCGGCCCUCCCCGGCAAGCACUGUCAGGGGAAGAGCGCCCUCCAGGAGGCAGCGGGCAAGCAGUGGUAGCCAGCGCCAGCGCAGGGGGGUGGCCUCUCUGAGGUUUCCUGGGGUUGCUCAGCAGCCUCUGAGCAACUAAGGCUUACGGUACUUCUCUCCUUCCCCCACCUCCCGUGACAGCCAUUGUGAGACUGACGCCCAAACUGUCACUUGGUUAAUUUAAGCCCAUCUGUUCUGGUGUAACUUGCUUGUUUGUUUCUUCAUGCCUUAACUUACUGUCUUUGUCCCGUGAUACUGAUUGGCACGUAGCUCACAAAAUGUCAAAAUAAAGCCCCUUUGUCCUCUUUACAAGAAACACAAGAAAUUGGCCAUGGGCAAACUCUGGCUUGGAGUGUUCUUCAUUUAGUGCCGUCCAAGGAAAUGUCCUUCCUUUUCUUUUUUUGCAUGGUUUUGUCCACCUCUACAAUAAUAAUCUGAUGUUGAAGAUCAAAUAACCAAUAUAAAGCGUAUUUCUUGACCUUGCUCCAUAGGUUGUAAGCAAAGCCUCCAUCACAGUUCAUACAAAUAAAAGGUGGUAAAAUAAAGGAAUAAACUCUAAUAUUUCUACUUGAAAUGUAAAUAACAUUUUCUUUGCUCAGUCUGGAGCUCUAGUGCACAUUCAGUGUUACACUGCUGAAUAUAGGGUACUUGACCAAGUUUGGAAAAAACACCUCCUGGUAUCCACAACCGGACUGGGUUGCUACUUAUAUUAGCCUUUUUCCUUUUAUAUUUGCUUUUGUUCUUGCUAGAAGCCUAGUGUGGCCCAGAACAAAUGUCAAUAAAUGCACAUUUUAUACCUGA